CAUGGCAACGUGCACACUUUUUUUCUAAUGUUACAUGACCUCAGAGGAGAGAUUGUGUUAAAAAAAACAGCUUUAGAAGCUUCAAGACCAAAACUUUAGUAAAGUCACUUCAGAUUAAUGGUUAAUUUGGCCUCAACCUGUGCUUGUGUCGCCAGACCGUCUGCGCAGAGCCGUCGGCCGCUCUGCAGCUGGAGGAAGUGGAGUCUGCCAGUCGGACCUGCAGCGGGCUCGCAUGCGUCUGUGUCUGCAGGAGCGCCUGUGGGAGUUCUACCAAAAACACGUCAACAUCCCGGCUGAGGAGCAGACCGUGGCCAGGAGGGCGGCGCUGGACAUCUGUGCGGAGCUGAGAGUGUUCCUUCACGCCAAGCUGCCCGACAUGCCACUCAGAGAGAUGUACCUGAGUGGAAGCCUGUACGACGACCUCCAGGUGGUGACGGCGGACCACGCCCAGCUGAUGGUGCCUCUGGUCUUGGAGAAGGAUCUGUGGUCGUCUAUUCCAGAAGAGGACACGAUCAUGAACGUCCCUGGUUUUUGGCUCGUCCGCAGGGAGAACUUGAAAUAUUUGUGAACUGAGAGGAAAAAAAA